CGCACUGGAGACGGAGAGCAGCAGGAGUGAGGGAGAGAGGGAUCGAGCAAGCUCAGGAGGAGAGAGAAGGAAGAGAGAGCGCAGCAGAGGGAAGGAAGACAAAAAAAGAAAAACAGGACGCUGAGAGAAAGCGAGUCGCAGGAGGAAGAAGGAGAAUGCGCGGCGUCUGGGCAACACUUCCACGCUUGUGUCCAGGGCCUUUGUGAAUACACCAUGGGAUGCAUCGGCUCCAGGAGACUGACGGCAGAUGGCGUGCCAGUCCAAAAGGAUGGGGAGCAACAUGGACGUUCAGAAUUUUCAUGGGAAGGAAUCAACCUGUCAAUGGAAGACACCACAUCGAUCCUGCCACGGCUCAAGAGGAACUCAAACGCCUAUGGCAUCGGGGCUUUGGCUAAGUCUUCUCUGUCAGGUGUGUCAGGUGUCACCCGCACCAUGAAGGAAAGAGUGACCAAACCCACGGCCAUGGCGCAGGGUCGGGUUGCUCACAUGAUCGAGUGGCAAAACUGGGGGAUGCAGACGGUCGGCUCAGGAGGCGGCCUGCAGUCCCGCAUCAGCACCCAGGAGCGUGAAAAAGAGAGACGGCUGGAGAACGACGCCUACAGCGACCUCAGCGAUGGAGAGAAGGAGGCUCGUUUUGCUGCAGGUGUCCUGCAGCAGUUUGCAAUCUCAGAAGCAACACUCUUGGCAUGGUCAUCGAUGGACGGGGAGAGUCCGCGGUCGGGUUCAAACCAGGGCAGCGUUGCUCACCUGAGCGAGGUCAACCAGGAGAGCAUCACCAGUCGAGAUCAACCAUUGCACCACUCUUCAGCAGAUGUGUGGCCCCACACCUACGUCUCCCAGGGCCAUUACUGCCUCUCGUCCUCUGACGCCUGGGAGCCAACCAACAACGACCCGUCCGGCGGCGUGGCAUCCCCCCCUACCGGCUCUUACGUACUGGGCACUGAGGGCUACGACGGUCAAGCAGCGGCAGCUCACUUCCUGUCUCAACAACAGCAGCAGCAGUUCAGCCUUCAGCAGCAGACUCAGCUCCAACAGCUACAGCAGCUCCAACAGAUCCAGCACUACCAGCAACAGCAGCUCCUGCAGUAUCAGCAACAACAGGCUCUGGAGCACCGGCUGCACAGCGCCAACCACUCUUUGCAAGCAACGCCCAACAGCACCAUCCACAGCCUGGUUCACCAGGUUCAUCCUCCUCUGGUGGACCUGUGGAACGCGGGUCAGAUGGAGGCCUACCAGGCAGAAGCCGGAGGCUACAUGGGUGUAGCGGCGGUGGUGGAGCCCAGCAUGUGUGUUCCUCCAGGAGAAGAAACCAUGCUGACGGAUCACUCCCCGCUGCUGGAGCAGCAGGAGGAGGAGCAGGUCAAGGAUGAAGAGGUAGUGCUGUGCAUGGAGAGUGAAUCGGUCACAUUGACUCCGCCCACGCAGCAGGGGGACGCCUCAGGUGGCAGUAGUCCGGGACAACCGCCAGCAGAACCAAUCACGGAGAGGAAGGCGUCUGAUGUCAGCCCAGGCCUCAUUCAGACUCUAGAGGAAAAGGAGGAGGAGGAAGAGGAGGAGGAGGAUGGGCAGCUCGCCUCCAUGGCAACCAAUUGAGUCCCUGACUGCCAAAAGGCUCCUGAUAACAAACUGACCUGGGAGUCAGAGAGGAACGAGCAGAGAGCAACAACAUGUCUAUUAAUCUGUUCCUUUUCAGGUUUCCAGAAACUUCUUCUUUUGGUUGGAAUUCCUUCAAAUGCUGAGCAACUAAUUUAAUGUGGACUCCCAGCGAGACACGAGCUCAUGCAACAAAGGACACACCUCUGUCUUUGUAAGCCUUACGUCCCAAUGGAGUAAAGAGUAGAGGACAGAGGAGGAGGAGGAGGAG